CAGACGAACAAAGAAAAGGCAGAACGUCUCUCUCUCUCUGUCUCGGCGUUUGCGUAGGGUUUAAACUCUGAAACCAAAAACCUCUCCUCUCUCUCUCUCUCUCUCUCUCUCUCUCUCUCUGCUUCGAAUCAAAUCAUGCGAAGAUUCAAUUCGGUUCUGCGGAGUUUACAGGCGCGACGAACAUUUGACUCCUCCGCGCUCGGAUUGCGACCAGGGUCUCAGAAGCCCUUCUUGUUCCAGCGUUACAUUCACGCUACAGGGAUAUCUUUCUCCAGUGCUCGUAAUUACUAUGAUGUUCUUGGUGUUUCUCCCAAAGCUACCCGCGAAGAUAUUAAAAAGUCAUUCCAUGAGCUUGCGAAAAAGUUCCACCCUGAUACAAAUAGAAAUAAUCCUUCCGCUAAAAAGAAGUUCCAGGAAAUAAGAGAGGCCUAUGAGACUCUGGGAAACUCUGAAAGAAGAGAAGAAUAUGAUAAGCUGCGUUAUCGGAAUUCAGAAUAUGUAAAUAAUGACGGUAGUGGUGCAGAGAGGUUCAGACGUGCAUACCAGUCCAAUUUCUCGGACUCGUUCCACAAGAUUUUUUCUGAGAUUUUUGAAGACCAAUCUAGUCAGCUUUCAUCUGAUAUUCGGGUUGAACUGACGCUCUCUCUUUACGAAGCUGUAAAAGGGUGCACAAAGCGUUUAGAAUUUGAUGCAUUUGUUUUUUGCGAUUCCUGUGAUGGGCUUGGCCACGCUCUUGAUGCUGCCACGAGAGUUUGUCCAACAUGCAGGGGCCUUGGACGAGUAACUAUUCCUCCUUUUACAGCACAAUGCCAGACGUGCAAGGGGUCGGGGCACAUUGUUAAGGAGCACUGCAUGUCUUGUAGGGGAUCUGGGGUCGUGGAAGCCACAAAGACGGUUGAAGUUGUGAUCCCUGGGGGGGUGGAGUCUGGCGCUACGGUCGCAAUCGAUAAUGCUGGUCAUGUAAGAUCAAGAACCAGUCAACCUGGAAAGUUGUAUAUCACAUUUAAGGUUGCUAAUGAUUCGACAUUCUCCAGAGAUGGCUCAGAUAUUUAUGUGGAUGCUAAUAUUAGCUUUACACAAGCCAUUUUGGGAGGCAAAGUUGUGGUGCCAACACUGUCAGGCAAGACAGAGAUAGAUAUACCAAAGGGUGCUCAGCCUGGCGAACUUAUUAUUUUAAGAGGCAAAGGACUACCGAAACAAGGAUUUUUUGUAGAUCAUGGAGAUCAAUAUGUGCGACUCCGUGUUAGCGUUCCUACUGAACUUAACGAACGUCAGCGCGCCAUACUGGAAGAGUUUGCGAAGGAAGAAAUCAACAGUGAAUUGAGUGGUUCUGCUGAAGGAAACUGAAUCAUGAAAAUGAACAAACAGGCUUUACCAGAAGCUCUCUACUGGUUAAACUUACAGGUGGGAUAGGAUGGGUCCUCGAAUCAUACGCGAUUUCUCCUUAGUGAUGCUGCUGGCGAUAUUGUUGAGAAAGUUAAUGGGAUGAAACCACCAAACCACGAGAGAUGAAAAAGCUAAAAAAAGCAAUCAGCAGAAGACAGCACAAGAACAAAAAAAAACAGCUCAAUAGCAUAACAGAAGGGUCAUAAUUUGACCUCAUAGUCUAUCACAAACUCAUUUGAUGUGGUAAUGAAAGAGAGAUACUUUAAAAUUUUAUGGUUUUUUGCAUAGCUUCAAGUUGUAAACGUCCUCUAAUCUAUUAACAGGGAUAAAUUGAAAUAAAGAAUGAUACUUUAUGAUGUA